AUGAUUACGAGAGCGAUCCGAGUAGAUCGGGCCUGGAAAACAGCACUCAGGCCGGGCAAAAUACAAUGUAGGAAGCUGAGCAUCACGCCAUCACGGCCUGUUCCCAUCGCGACGACUGCAAAAGACGCAGCAAACCGUCUCCUGGAGACCCUUUCCGGAUCUACUACUGUUAGCCGCCAGGUGAUUGACGCGAACCAGCUACAGAAGCUCGCUCUCACCCUCGGGCGCCCGACGCUCAAUGGCCUAGACGUGUCUGAGAAGGCACCGCCAGUAGGCACACCUGUGCCGCCGGGCUACCAUCUCGUCUAUUUCACGCCCAAUGGCGUUGAGUCGGAGCUGGGCGCCGAUGGCACGGACAGGACAUUCAAUGCGCCCGUCCCGUUCACCCGGAGAAUGUGGGCUGGUGGUAGAAUGCAAUGGCAGCCGUCUGGUGACGAGGGCGAGGCGAGCCCGAUACUGUGCGUUGGUGAUGAGGCAGAGGAGCACACUAAACUUGUAAGCGCCACCCCCAAGACAAGCAGGACGGGGAGCGAGAUGGUGCUGGUCGAGGUUGAUAAGGAGAUCUGGACGCCUCGUGGUUUGGCGAUGGUGGACAGGCGGUCGUGGAUAUUCCGCCCUGAGGUUGAUCCCCAGACGGCCAAGGAGCCACCAGCACUGUCAGAUGCCAACACGAGAGGGGUUUCAGAGGCCAAGGAUAUUGAGGGACCAGGAGGUUAUCAAGCACGCCAGUACCGCUGGUCGCCAACUGGCCUUUUCCGUUUCUCUGCAUUGACCUUCAAUGGCCACAAGAUUCACUAUAACGAAGACUGGACACGUCUGGUGGAAUCUCAUCCCGGUCUGGUCGUCCAUGGGCCUUUGAACCUGAUCUGCUCCCUUGACUACUGGCGUGAUGUCCAUGGCAAGGACAACUCGCCAAGCGAGAUCACGUAUCGGGCUUUGUCACCUCUAUAUGCAGGCCAAACCUAUCAGAUACAAACAGGAGAAGUCCAGAAUACAGAAAAUGCUCCCAAGUGGGAGGUCUUGGUGAAAAGGGGAGAUUCUGUCUGUAUGAGAGCAGAAAUUAAAAAGUAA